CAAGACAUAUUUGGAAGCAGUUAUAUAUAAUUGGAGGGGUUUUGAAUGCAGUCUGAGUCCAAGAAGUAUGAAGAAGAGAUACCUUCUCUACACUGGGGGAUGGAUCCUGUAUUUUCUGCAUUUGCAAGACUCUAUAUUAAAGAUAUAAAAGAAAUGAGAGAAUCUAAACAAGUGCCAGGUAUAUUCUUUUAUAACGGACAUCCAGUAAGACAGGUGGAUGUUGUUGGGAUAGUGGUUCAAACGAAAGAGCGAGAUGCCUUUUAUAAUUAUGGAGUAGAUGAUAGUACUGGAGUUAUAAAUUGUGUCUGCUGGAAAAAUCCCAUGGUAGCAGAAACAUCUUUAUCAGGUCAUCCAAGCACACCCAGCAGUCUUACUGUGCUUGAGCAGAUGAAGAAACUCCAAGAAAUGGUGACCCAGAAAACCAAGCUGGAGAUUGGGGAUGUUGUCAGGGUGAGAGGUCACAUCCGAACCUACAGGCAACAAAGAGAAAUUCAAGCUUCAUGUUUUUAUAAAGUGGAUGAUCCUGUGUGUGAUGUUCAGAUUUCAAGAAUGCUGGAGCUCCCCUGUCUCUAUAGAGAAGUUUACGAUAAACCUUUCCAAGGCCCCGAGCAGGGACAGAGGUAAAUGCAGUAUCCAGGCUGUGGCCUGGAGGGUCAGAAUUUCUCAAUCAGUAUGCUGCAUGAGAAAGUGAAAGGCUUUCUAUUAGAAAACAAAAUUCAGACCUUUUACCAACAGGAGUUGGAAACAAUCGAUACCCUGGUGUCACUGGCUGAUUUUUUUCACCAUCUCCUUCAUUCCUUUCUUCCCAUCCAGGUGAAGUCAAAAAGUGACUCCAGUUCCAAAAGGAUUCACGGUGUUUUUAAGGAAGCAAUAAGGAUGCUACAAGAAAAAGGGGUGGUUUUCCAGAAACCUAGUAGCUCCAAGGACUUAUACCAUGUGACUGACCAUGAUAAGGAGCUGUUUAAAGUGACCCUUGAUGUGAUUAAAGAAGACUGUCGAAAACCCAGGCAUGUUGAAAAAGGCUGCCAUUUCCUUCAUGUCUUGAGUUGUGUUCGGCAGAGCUACAACCCCUCUCUGGCUGAAGUGGUGAUGCACCGUGUCUUGGAACUGCUGGAGAGUAACAGUGAUGUUGUCAGCACUAUGGAAGGAUAUUAUAUGACAUUUUAA